AUGAAGCGCUCAAAGCCUUUGGCUUUGGAGACCGCUUCAGGACGUGGAUUACUCGAUGCUAUACUAAUCCGUCGAGCAGAAUCAUUGUACUACAGCCAGAGAGCUCGUGGUACCCUGCUCCCGAACGAAAAUAUCCUAAGGGACGUGCUGUGGCAUGGCAGAAAAGUCCGUAUCUCGCUGGAUACAUUUUUCAAGCCAAAAAAGGACGGAGGAUGGGGUCUUAUCCACCCUCGCUCUCAAGUCCUUGCCCUCAAGGCAAAGUGGAUUGCUCGUUGGAAGACGGAACGGCCAGGAGUAAAAUGGCAGCACACCUUUGAGACUGUUGCCCAGUACACCCGCCCCCUUAUUCAACAAGACACACCUAUCACACACUUUGCGGCACUACCACCAACAAAGAUGCAACAAAACCCAACACCCCAAGCCAUCAAGUCCAGAAAAGCCGACACCCUCACCCACCACAUCCUCAUGUCAUGGACAAAGGUCAAGGCGUUACUCAAGGACGGAACCACUACAGACUCGGAUCCAAGGGAAGCCAUUCUUUUUGGUAAACACAAGUCACCCCUCAAAGAAUUUUCUGUCCGCAAAGCACGAAGCACAAUCGUCAGCGGACUUGAGCUCCCCCAGCCCAUCACCAUUGCCGACAAGCUCGCUAACCCGGGCCAAGCCUCUUUCCCAUGGGACUGGACGGCUGCGCAGUGGAAGUUGAUCUGGGACCGAGUACACAACACGAACCUACGUCGCAAGGAACACGACCUUCUAUACAAGCUGGCCUAUAACAGGGUGACCACCAACAAUAUCCGCAAGCACUACAAGGAAGCGGAUACGGACGGUACAUGUAGACGGUGCGAUACAGGAGCGAGUGAAGACAACCGUCAUGCCUUUCACGACUGUCCAGAGUUGGCGACACACUGGGACAGCUUGCAUGACCUCAUCAAGACUAUUUACCCUGACCUCAACGACUUGUCUCGCACCGCCCAGGACAGGAUUUUUUGUUGGCCUGAACGAGACAACAUGAAUGACUACCCUCUUGUAUACCACCUGCAAACAGCAGCACUCUGGUCGAUAUAUGUUACCUUUUCCAAGCUGGGAGCAGGAGAGCAACUCGAGCCAGGCGCGCUACAGUCGAUUUUUCUCCAGAAUUGCCGUACCAGAGGCAUGGAGGAGUGGAUUCGAGCGGAGCAGCAGGACAAGAAGAACGCAACAAGGCCGAUCCGAGAAGAGGAGGCACCGAUGGACCCGCACGCGGGCAAGAACGCCUUUUAUGAGAUGUGGCACCACACACCACAUAUCAAGGUGACCAAGAAGGGACCUCAGUUCGGAGACGCAUUCCAACCACCAUAA